ACAUAUUUGACAAGAAACGAAGCAUCCGAGAAGUACAGUAGUAUUACCAGUUGUAGCAUCUUUCAAUGGUUCUUUGCUAUUCUCCCGGAACUUAUGAUGCAUCCAGCCCCAAAGCUGCCAGAAAAUAAGAUUUGUGGUGACCAACACCAAGAAAGCUACAAAAUUUUGGUUGGCCGUUCUCUAUCAAGAUCACAUCAAGAUCAAGUUGGAGGGCCAUUACAGAUGAGCCCCUACUGUUGUGGUUACAUGACGCGCAAAUUCAUUGGUGGAGUAGCUAUCCUUAAUUACAAUCAUCAAUCAUCUCAGACCUUGAUUUUUAGACAUCCCUGCCUGCAAAUUGCAGUGAAAUGGUCGAUCCAUAUCUUGUAUGCUAGAAAAAAGUAUGCAUUCGGUUGAAAUGUGGAUACAUAGCCAGCGUGACUGGUUUGUACAAACUCAUUCUGUAUUUGGUUAGAAAACUUGUGUUAACUUUGUUGCUGCUUUGCAUCAAGAUUAAUUUUAAAUUAUUUGAAACAACAUGUAUGCUUGCUCUUGUUCACUUGGAGUGAUUGAGGAGGCAUUAUGUCGUAUUAAUUUUCAAAUAUAGAGAGUACUGCAUUGUUGAUCUUGCUGUCUCCGACAAGAAGAAAAUGCAUUUGGAUUGAUGACCAUCCUGCAGAAAAGUAAAGAAAGAGUACUUUUUCCAGGAAGCAUAUGGGAGCUCCGUGACAAAACAAGGAAGACUUUGGGGCUAGUUGAUUCAGACAGGUGAAGCUGUCCACGACAUCAGGGAAGCAUCUUGGGAUGAAACAAAGGAACAAACAGAAGUAGGUAAUAUGGGUAUGGGACCAAGUAGACACUUUUGUGCCUGAUUUAAACAAACUUACAAAUGCUAAAAUUUUGCAAUUUGGAGUCACUUCCAUUGUUCCCACUCCAUUAUCUUCUAUUUCUUAGAAUGUGAUCGAGUUAUGUCAAAUUCACGUGGACACUUGAUAAGUCGACAUAUCUUCCUUUCAUGUUCCUCGAUCAUAUCUUCUUCUUUCGGUAUCAUAUCCAACUUUUUCACUUUCCUUAUUGUACCUGAAGUCUAUAUUAUUCCCAAGUAGACACAAUAGUUUUAUUUUUCUUACCAUCAAAAGUAAUUAUUUAUUUAUUUUUUCUUUCUCUUACAGGCUUAAUCUAAUGGUCCCCUUAGUCACUUUAGGGAAAGAGAUUAUGAAUCCGAUUACUUUUCUGGUCGCCAAUUAUUAAUCUGAUUUACCUGAUCUUAACCGACCAUGCCAAAAUAACUAAUAUGAAGCUGUUUUUUUUAUCCUCAAUUUUUUUCUCUUUUGGUUCUUAAAAUAAAACCAAAAUUGUAUCAAACCUAAUCUAAAAGUAGUUCCAAUCAGGUUAAUAAUAUUUUUUAUAUUUGCGGUCGUUGCCAUGCCCAUGUCAUUUUCUUCUAGAAGCUAAUAAUUUUUCCUCUAGAAAAUCACAUGUGAAUAAAUUAAUUGAGAAACAUUGUGAGUGUUUUGUCAGAUAUUAGCAGAUACUUUGAUGGGCCAAAAAUGGAUAGUAAAUUACGGAUGCAAAGUUGUAAUGGCCCAUUAGGCUAAACCAAUGAAACUUGUCAGACCUGAAAAGAUUACGUCAGCUUCUCGGCGGGAUUUUAGUUAACCGUUUUUAUUUUUUAAGGACUCAGACCAUGAGACCUGCGGCGGAGCUUGCGGUGAGGAUAGGCCGUGAGCUUCUAAAGGUUUCAGGAAGCUCUCGAUCAGCUCGGGUAUGGAGUCCAUCGGUUGAACAGAGUCUUCACUGUCUCGGCUUUCGCAACUCAAUAAGCCCAUCGCUUGUGGCUCGAGUCAUUGACCCGUUUCUCCUGAACCACCAUUCCCUCGCUCUCGGUUUCUUCAAUUGGGCUGCUCAGCAACCAGGUUACUCUCACGAUUCACUCUCUUACCACUCUAUCUUCAAAUCUCUUUCGCUUUCUCGUCAGUUCUCCGCCAUAGACGCUCUCUUCAAACAAGUCAAAUCGCACAAAAUCGUACUCGAUUCUUCCGUGUACCGCUCACUCAUCGAUGCGCUUGUGUUGGGUAGGAAACCUCAGAACGCGUUCUGGGUUUUAGAAGAAGCUCUUUCGACGGGUCGUGAGAUUCAUCCCGAUGUAUGUAAUCGUCUUUUAGCUGCUUUAACUUCUGAUGAGUGUUGUUAUGAUUAUGCUCACAAACUGUUUGUUAAAAUGCGUCAAAGAGGUGUUUCUUUGAAUACUGUUGGUUUCGGUGUGUAUAUAGGAAAGUUUUGUAGAAGUUGUGAAACGGAUCAGAUCUUGAGAUUGGUUGAUGAGGUUAAAAAGGAUGCUAACUCGAACAUCAAUGGCUCGAUCAUUGCUUUGUUGAUACUCAAUGGUCUUUGUAAAUCUUCACGAGAGAUGGAUGCUUUCUAUAUACUGGAAGAGCUGAGGAAUAGAGAUUGUAAACCUGAUUUUAUGGCUUAUAGAAUCAUAGCUGAAGCAUUUGUAGUUAGUGGGAAUCUUUAUGAGAGACAGGUCGUGCUAAAGAAGAAGAGAAAGCUUGGUGUAGCACCUAGGAGUAGUGAUUACAGAGGUUUUAUACUUGAUUUGAUUUCAGCUAAACGAUUAACAGAGGCUAAGGAAGUGGCUGAUGUGAUUGUGAGUGGGAGUUUCCCAAUUGAUAAUGAUGUCUUAGACUCUUUAAUCGGAUCAGUCUCUGCAGUGGAUUCAGAUUCUGCUGUUGGCUUCUUGAAUUACAUGGUGAGUACAGGGAAAUUGCCUGCGAUUCGGACUCUGAGCAAGUUGAGUAAGAAUCUUUGCAGGCACGGGAAGAGCGACCAUCUUGUAAAGGUUUAUGAGGUUUUGUCAAGCAAAGGUUAUUUCUCAGAGGUUGAGAGUUACAGUUUGAUGGUAUCGUUCUUGUGUAAGGCCGGGAGAGUCAGGGAAGGUUAUAAUGCUCUUCACGAAAUGAAAAAGAAAGGGCUUGAACCAGACGUGUCACUCUAUAAUGCUCUCAUUGAAGCUUGUUGUAGAGCGGAAAUGAUCCGUCCAGCGAAGAAACUGUGGGAUGAGAUGUUUGUUGAGGGAUGCAGAAUGAAUCUGACGACGUAUAGCGUACUUAUUAGGAAAUUGUCAGAGGAAGGCAAGGCAGAGGAGUCUUUGAGGCUGUUUCAGAAGAUGCUUGAGAAAGGGAUUGAACCAGAUGAAACAAUCUAUACGUCUCUCAUUGAAGGCCUAUGCAAAGAGACAAAACUUGAAGCUGCUUUGGAAGUCUAUAGAAAGUGUAUGGAGAGGGAUAAAACAGUUGGAAGAAGAGUGUUAAACGCAUUUGUCAUAAUUCUAUGCAGCAACGGCCAAUUUGGCGAGGCAUCACAGCUGCUGUGCGCUCGAGAACACUUAGAACACACAACAGCACAUGUCGUGUUGCUGAAAUGUGUGGCGGAUGCGAAAGAAGUUGAGAUCGGAAUCAGACAUAUGAAAUGGAUCAAAGAGGUGUCGCCAUCUCUUGUUAGCACCAUUUGUUCUGACCUGUUGGCGUCUUUCUGUUCAUCAACUGAUCCUGAUUCCAUUCUUCCGUUUAUUCGAGCAAUUGAGCACACAUAAUUAUGUCAAUCAGUAGGCUAUAUAGGCUUUUAGUUUUAGCAAUUAGAUUCCCCAAACCAAAUUGUAUUUUCCCUUUAUUCUGUGUAGGUCCUAUGAAAACAUGUAGGCUGUGACCGAGAUCUCUCUCUCUCUCUCUCUCUCUCUCUCUCUCUGGGUGACUUAUACGUUACAAGUCGUUUAUUGUCUACGUAAGAAUUUAUUCCAAUGAAUAAUUUUUCUUACGGUA